AUGAUUCGUCAAAGAAGCUCGCAAAAGCCCGGAGACGACCUACUGGCUGAUUUCAGGCAGCAAUUCCCAGAAGUUGCUGCUGCGGGAACGAUACCAUCGACCGGGGGCCCCGUUCGUGCGGCAGGCACCUCGGCCGCUGGUGAUAAUCCACACAUUCAUGACGGAAAUCCGGGUCUUCCGCAUGACACUUUUAGGGAUCAGGACCCGACUCCCCGCGCGACGAAUGAACCAUGGCGAUUUACACCAUCCUUGCUUGAUCCGAAUUCCUACGCCUUCGCCGGAUUUUCGAGUGCGACAGGAGGCUACUACACGCCGACUCCUAAUGGCAGCAACACGGUUUACCAUCCCCAGUCCGGGGACCUGCAAACGCCAACCCUAGGUCUGGGGAUCGGCCUUAAUACUCCCCUUCCGCUCUCGACAUCGGAAACUGCCAUGAACAACCCGGGAGCCAUGAUAGACAUGAACCAUUUCCAGGCUAUGCAGAUGGGCUCCUUCAACGGAGGCUUCGUUUCCACCGCUCCACCACCACCACAAGGGUCUUUUGCUCCGACGACAUUUGUGCAACAUCCUGAUGCCAGCUUCGACUCUAUGGACCAUGAUGGCUUACCCAUCAACGCCGAUGAACGGGUGGGUGUCAUGACGGGCGGGUUCCGUGGCAUGCCCCCUGUAGUAGACAUCGAUGGCCGCCGGCAAUAUAACGCCUUGAACAUGGCCGCCCCCCUCCCACCAGGGGCCGAAAAAUUCCGAUUCCAUGCCACACUCAACGCUCCGACAGCCAUGAUCAAGCAUGCCGACGAAAUCCCGAUUACCUACCUGAAUAAAGGCCAAGCGUAUUCUCUUUCCGUUAUAGAUACUUCCGCAACUCUCCCCAUAGAGCCUGGCACUCGCUACCGAACCUUUGUCCGUGUGUCCUUCGAAGAUGAACAGCAGAGACGGAGACCAGCUGCUUGCUGGAGCCUAUGGAAGGAAGGCAGGGGUACGAACGAGGCUCACCAGAGAGGGGGCAAGCUGCAGGCCGUUGAGUUCAUCGAAGCUAGAGAUACCCGGGAGGGGGACGAUAAGCGAACGAAAAUGGAACUGGAAAGCUCAUCCUUCGACGGGUUCUCCGUGAUCUGGACUCCUGGUGCCAACGGAGCUGCCGAAGUCAACAUUGCUGUUCGAUUUAAUUUCCUCUCUACCGAUUUUAGCCAUUCUAAGGGAGUCAAGGGGAUCCCUAUCCGACUGUGUGCCAAGACCAGUCCGUACCCGAUUGACACGUCGAAGCCCCCACCUAGUGACGGGUCCGUCGAGGUAUGCUUUUGCAAGGCCAAACUGUUCCGUGAUCACGGCGCGGAGCGAAAGCUCUCCAACGACAUUGCCCAUGUCAAGAAAAGCAUCGAUAAACUUAAGCAGCAAAUAGCCCAGGUGGAGAGCGGCAUGAAGGAUUUCGGUAAACGCAAGCGAACGAGUACAAAUAACAACAAACUGGACCCUCAGCGUCCUGGAAAAGUUCAGAAGCACAAGAGGACCUGGUCAAUGUCUUCGGGCAGCUCGGCAAAUGGGUCAAGCAAGGCGCCAGCUGAAGACGACUGGCAUGCCAAACUUCAGGCGCUUCAGGAUAUGUUUACCAGCACCCGACCUGUCAGCAUUCUCUUCCUCCGCGGCGAGGAGCUUGACGACCCUGAUCUGCAUCCCGUGGCUCUCCCUGGGGACCCCGACUUUUCCAGGUUUGAGGAUCGACAUAGUGCCGCGUGGCAGGCGCGGAGUGGUCGCAGCUCAGUUGCCAGCUCGUCUCUAGUAUCUCCAUCCACAAGGUCUCCGUCCUUGGCUUCCCAAGUUUCGGGGAUUGGGGGACGGUGGAGUGUAGAUGGAAGUGAUGGCGUUCGUGGUGUCCCAGAUAAGCCGUUUCUGAUCAAGAGGCCGGACCAUGCGGGCGGAAACCUCGGCGGCUGGAUAGAAGCCGUGGAUGUCGACUCCAGCUAUAGGCCGCCGCCCGAGAGGGAUGUGAAGCCCGUGGCGUGCUUCUACAUUCUUCGCCGAGGACAGGGAGCCGCUCAAUCCAAGCGGAAACUCUACAAAGCCAUCUACCUAAUGAAACGCACAGAAAGUGAGUUCAGGACUCAGAUUGGUGCCAAAUGGGAUUUGGAACCCUCCAGGAUCCAGAGGAUGAUCCGCGUCCUACCCAGCGGUGUCGAAGUUGAAAUAGACGAUGAUGUGAUCCGCGAGGUGGACGAGGGUCAAGACAUGAUUAUGGAGAUGACCGAGGUCGACAAUGGUGCUCCUCUCAAAACCGAAUGGGAGAUGAUGGUCGAUACCGGUGACGACGAUACGGGCACAUCGCAGCACCAAAUUCGGCAGGGUUACGAAUUGAGGUUCCUCUUCUAA